GCCCAGUCAGAGUGCCGCCGCGCUGUCAGACGCACGCGCUAUCUGCACGUGCACACGCUAACCUCAGCACGACUGGUUCAUCACUGAACAUUGCGUGGGAAUAAAAUUAAUUUUGUACACAAACUUUUGAAUGAUGUCAGUUUGCAUGUACCUCGUUUGUCCUUGGUUCUUUUUGGUGAUCUAUUUGGCUUUUCUGAUGCUGGACGUCUGAGGCCAACUAUCUGGCUGAAAAAUUAGCCGGCAACGAGAGCGCAGACGCGACUCGCCGAUCGAUAUACAAGGACAGAGAGCGGUGCGGGCUGGUAUCAGCCGUUCGGCUUGCGAGCUAAGACGCGGGUGCUUUGGUGCGUUCGGGCGGGUGCCGCGUGCCGGGAGCGCCUCGGGGGUGUUAUGCGGGGCGGUUGCGACCGCCGCAGGCCCGCUAGCUUGGUGGACAGCUGAGCCGUGUCGGCCGUCACGAUCGCUCCGCACGCGUCGGGCACGCGGCCGCGCGUCGCGCCCGCCAUGAGCGCGGCCACGCCGGAGGUGCGCGCUCCACCAGGAGACGCCACCUCACCUGCUGUCGCGCUGCCUAGGAUUAAACCCGAUCUUGACCUCAACGAUGCCACUCUUUUCGCUGUAUACUGCUUCAUUAAAAAUUUCAUAGGCGCAUCAGGCACCAGCGCGGUGGCCAUCGACAACAAGAUCGAGCAAGCUAUGGAUCUGGUUAAGAGCCACUUGAUGUUCGCGGUGCGCGAAGAAGUCGAGGUACUGAAGGAGCGCAUCGCCGAACUGAUGGAAAGGAUCACCCAGUUGGAAGUGGAGAACACGUAUUUGCGUGCGCACGCGAGUCAGGAUACGCUAGCGCAGUUGCCCGCGGCCCAGGGCAACAAGCCCGCCGCGCAGCCGCAACCCCCGGUGUCGUAAAAUAGCGGACAGUCGCCGCUGAGCCCGCCCGCUGGCCCCAGGCCGCCCCAGCCCUCGCCCCUUUCGCCCGGGGCUCACCAUGGCUGUGCUAUGUUAAUUCGUAGGUUAACAAGAACCAGAGCGCAACGGACGAUCGCCGAGGAUGGUUCCUCGAUACCGUCCCUCACUAGACAUAUCGUAGGACGGUACGCGCGCACGAUUAAGCUUCAAAAUACAAUACAUACAUUUAUUUUCUGUUUUAGUCAUAUUUAGGGUGCAGAAUUUCGUGCUAAACUGCCAUGCUUUAGCUACGCGUCUCAGCAACGACUCUUUAGUAGCGUUACGAUGUUAUUUGCUGUUCGUUUAAUAAAAUUAGAUGUCGCUAUCCGCGCAUCAUGUAUUCCAAUUAAGGUAAACGAUAAGACGGUGUGUUAUAAAUAAAUGUAUUGAAAUAGUUGAUACGCAUCAAACAAGGACUGUGUGUGUUUAUUUAUUAUUUGGUAUAUAUUCUUUUAUAAAUGCCUAAUGUUUAAGUUGUCGCGAUUUGAGUAUACUGUGUUAUUAUGUUUAAAUCAUACACGUAUCGUAACCUCUUGAGGUCGGUAACAAUGAUCUGUAAUGUGUUUACUGAAUGAUUACUUGGUUCGUGUUAAGUUUUUUAUUAUUAUUAUUAUUUUUAAAGUAUUGUGAGCGUUCGUAUGAAUCGUCGUAUGUUGUAAAGUUUGUACGAAACACUUUAGAUUAGAAACGUUGCGAGCACGACGCCUCGUCUGGUUAGCUGGCUUUAGUCAAUUUUGCACGCCCUAACAGAAGAAAAAAAAAACUCAAAAAAAAACAAAAAUAUUUUUAUUCCAAACCUAUAUCAAUAGUAGAGAUUUUAUAGAGAUAUAUUGAAAUUUGUAUUUUAAAAUGAUUAAAUUGUUUGUAUAUAGUACAAGUUGUAAUUGAAUUGUGAGUCGUAAUUGAUGUACAUAUAUAAAAAUAAAUAAAAGAAUGCUAUGUUUAUGGAACCGUAAUUUGCCUUCCGAGGAUCGAAUCCCUUAUUAAUUGAGAUGUUUAAAACUAAACUUAUAAGUGAAACUGUACGCUGUAUUUAGAUUAGCUUCAUUGUUCAGCCAACAGAACAAAACAGGGUUGGACCGGACAGCCAGCUGAUGUUUGAUACUGAAGUUUUAAAACCGUCUUAGAAUGCUUUUGCCGGUCUAUCCGUACAUCUAAUGUAUUUAGAAGUAGAGUUUUGUACAAGCCCUAUCUACUAUCAAGUGUAUAGAUUUCGUUUUAGUUAUUCGUGAUUAUUGUGAAUAUACAGUAAUUUUAUUCGUAACAAAAAAAAAGAAUUAAAUAUGUAAUAUUAAAUUAGUUUAGAAAAUAAAUUGAAUUAUAUUAAUGAUACUGAAAUUUGUAAAUAUAAUGUAAACAGAAGUCCAUUGUAGCUUAUGUUGACAAGAAAGGUUCCUCGUAUCCAAUAAAUGCAAAACUACUCAAAUUA